AUGGAUGAUAUCAAGGUAUUGGGUGGCAGGGGAGAAAAUAUCCAAGAAGACUUGGACUUGUGUAACUUCCUAAAGAAGCAGGAAAAAGAGAGACACGUUUUGUUGGACGAAGUCCCCAUUACUCUUGGCUUUCGAGGUCACCUAGAUGAAGCGACUUUAUCCGACUACUGGGGAGGGAUAAUCAGCAACCUGAAGAAAAAUAUCAAGAGCCUCACCCUCGCAUUUCGUCCCCAUGAUUCCACCUACGCACGUGACAUAGACCUGCGAGGCAUGCAGAUUCCAAAUGUCCGCGUGGAAGUCUUGAGUGCCGUUCGAGGAAAAACACGCAAUGCGACAAACUUGGUGAUGGCUCUUGAGAGUUAUCCAUGCAGGAAAUUCUUUUGUGAUCAACCCAGUCUUAAGGACAUGGAUUUCGGCCAACCUAAGAACGAUUUUCAGCCCAAAUCAUGUAUCAUCCCUGCGUGUCAUGACAUCCAUGAUAUAUGCCGGUUUCAAGCGACCUGUGAAGUUGUGAGAUCUUCACAUGCGAUUUUCCCGUUCGUGCGGGAUCAUUUGGCGAAGCCAGAAAAGCCUAUUUAUAUAGUAGUGGACAGUAUCGAGCGUCGAAAUCGUUUCGUGAACAUCCUUUCAAGUAUAUACGACACUAGCGUCAUUUUCAUUGACAAGGAUGGAACUUUCAGGAAGACCUCCAGUCUCAAAAUCUCCCCCGUGGUGGUUGUGACUGCUGAGCAGUUCCUUGGAUAUCAUGGAGACAACACCAUCGUCAUUUUGGACUUGCCCAGUUGCAAAUGGUGCAAUUAUACCCGUAUGGUGUCCUCGUGUGAGGAAAAUAUAAUCAUUGUUGGGGAGAAAGAAAGUCUUCAGAAGUAUUACAAUAUCGGUAUCAAACUGCAAGAAAACACAGCGAAAAAUGAGGAAGGGCUGAUGCAAGAAAUUAAGAAGGCGGAGGAUAUGCAGAAGGUGGAGAUGGCACACCUGGAGGAGAAGGCCUGUUUCCACUCCAUCUUAAACCAAAACAUGAGUGGAAACUUCAUGGUCGUCUUAGUAUCAGACAAGACACUCAUGGCGGCUCUGAAAGAAAUCACUCCAGACGAUGCCAGAAAAGUGCUGACGUUUUACCACCCAGGAAAAUAUCGAGGAUGUACAGCCAAUAUCAUCGUUACAGUGAAUGUGGAAGACAUUUGGCUGUUAGAAAGCGUCUCCAGAGCCAAAACCCACAUUUUCAUCAUUGACACUUUACCAAGUCAUCAACAGUUUUGGAAUGCGAUGGAAGAAGAGGGGCAUUUGGAGGUCCAGGUAACGACAACCGACGAUAACGUUAUGGAAAAAGAGACUCUCUUUAGACUGGCUGGAGAAAAGGAGUUCCUUCAGUGCGUCCCAUCACUCACGGUCGCAGAUUACGCCUUCACCGAUACCUUGCUCAAGGGCGUUAAGCAGCAACAAAAAACGAGAUUUAUUAAGAACUUCGGAGUCACUGAGGAAGAUCUGCCAUCGGGUGAUCAUGAUGUUUUCGGGACUGGAAUAUCUGGCAGCAGCAUCAUCGGACUUUUCUUUCAAGUCAAGGGAACAAUAUCUGGAGUAAACCCCAAGGGAAUUCUUGAUAACAUGGCCAUAGCAACAAAACAACUAGAAAAAGACCUCAACAUUUUCCGUACGAUGUGUGGUGAAUUCCUGAAUCCCAUCGUGAAGUUAGCGGGAUUUGUAGCUUUCCCCAUGCUCUCCAGAUCAGAUAUCCAAAAACGUAUCAAGUGCAUUAAUUGUAGAACACGAAUCCUCGUCUUUGAAGAUCUUGCUAAACCGAGAAGUUUUAGGAGAUUUUUAGCGAGACAAGGGAUUGUGUUGGAGAAGUAUUAUCGGCACGAUCCUGAAUCCCAUAUCAUGAAAACAUUCAAGAAUAUAUUCGACCUGUACGUUUGUGCUGCAUCAGCUGUGGACCUACCACGUAAUCUGCAUCAACUGUUCAACAAGAACGAAGAACAAAUGGAGAAGAUGCUGGUGCUUCUCACUCCUCAACAGAGAAAAUUGGUGAUGACUAAAUCGAAGUUCAUAUUCCUCUCUGGAGGAAGUGGAACUGGGAAGACCUUUGUCCUGAAGAAACGAGCAUUGGAAUUGGCGGCGGAAGGUGAAGUCUUGGUCAUCAAUAUAGCCGGAGGACUCUUGACUGAGGAAUUUCGACACGACUUCGAAGGGAAAAAAGGUAUUGUUGUCAUUGAUGGAAGAACGGAAGGCUUGGAGGACUUUAAGAAAUUUAAGGAAUUCCUUAUCGAGAAAGGAAAAGGGAAACACGUUCUUAUUAAUGAGGCAACCAUCACGUUGGGAUUCCAGGGUCCUCUCACACCAGAGGCCCUAUCCUCCCACUGGGAGUGGAUCGCUGAAUCGCAGAAUCACUUCAAAUCCAUCAUUCUGGCUUUCAGACCUAAUGACCAGUCCUACUCCAGAGACUUUCCCCUUCAGGAGCUUAAGCCAGGAGGUAUACAGAUUGAAGUUCUCAAUCGUGUGAAGAGAAAUAGUAGGUACAUAUCUCAGCUGUUCCUUGCUAUUAGUGAUUACUCUCGCCGGAUCUUCAUAUCCCGGGAGAAGACUCUUCGAAUGAACAUUAAAGAACCCGAGGAGCCAUCUCUCCCGAUCCUAUACCCUAUUCCAUCGUGCAUCUCCCUUCACCCGAAUGGAUGUCGAGACGAGACGACCUGUCAGACCGUAAGGACUUGUCACAUCAUCAAAUGCAUACUAGAAGAAUGCUCCUUGUCCCAGAACAAGUUGCCGCCCUUAAUUGUGAUAGACGAAGAGAGGAAAGCAUCUUUCGUUCAUUUUCUGACUGCUCUCUACCACUUAGUUCCUGCCCUCCUCGUGGAGGAUGAACUUGAGUCUGAAAAAAAUAAUGAGAAGAUUCAGCCUAAAAGAAAAGUAGAAUUCCAUUGUCCCUCUGCUACGAAUGUCUCACCCGACCUUGUUGUCGUGACGGAAAGUGAAAUCGCCGGAUGCCAUCUCAAUAACGUCACAGUGAUUGUGGACUUGCCUCACUCUAACUGGGGAAACUAUAUUCGUCUGAUUGGAACUUCUGGGGAAAACAAGAUUCUCUUGAUUGAGGAAGAAGAAUUAACAACUGGGAAAUUCUCUCGGAUUGUAAAGGAGAUCUCUGGAUGGAACAUCAAAACCCCAAGCGACCGUCGAAAGGAUCUUGCUCAAUAUCUAGAGCAGGCGUGGAACAGCGACUACAAGACGACUGCCCUCAUAGAGGAAGGUGGAUUUCAUCCCGUGCCCUUCCCCCAAAUGGAAAUCAAUUAUGAUGAGAGAAAAAAAGAGGACGGUGAACUCAUUCAUAAUAUCCUUAGUCACUGUCUCACUGGCAUAUUCGGAUUCCCAAGUUCGGGAAAAUCCCGGACGCUAGACGGGGUAAUCAAUCGCUUAGUUGAACUUGGAGAGCAAGUCUUCCUUCUUCAUUGCGGAAGUGUGUUAUCUCAAGAACUCUCUCGACAGAAAUGGGGACAUGAGGCAAAUGUGGAUAUAGCUGAUGCUAAUGUAAAUGAGAUCACGUCGCUUCAGGACGUCAUCGAUUAUGUAGAAAUUGAGGAGGAAGGCAGAGAGAACAAGAAGAAAGAUUUUCAAAAAGGGGGAGCAGAAGAAAUUAAAGCUGAGAAUAAAACGGAGAGGAAAAGGGUAAAUAAUGGCCGUAGUUACCAAUUUCUGGUUGUUGAUGAUUGUCCGGUGUGGAAAAGAAUGGAAUAUGAGAUAGGCGAUGCGGUGGAAAACUUAAAGGAGAAGAAAAUGAAGCUCAUCAUCUCGUUCAAGCCACAAUCUAAAAAUGCGAAAAGAAUCUCAGUACAAAGUAUCAUGGACGUCAUGAAUGAUAAUUCCGAAUGCUCUGCAUUGAUGCUUACUUCCGCAUAUUCAGGCAUCCAUAAGAAACUUCUUGCCCACAUACAGCAAAACGAAGCUUCAUCAGGCUUGACCUUGCAAGCGAAGAGUUUGCAGACUUCAUCAAUGCCUGCAGCUAUUGUCUGGGGUUCGAAGAUUGUUUACUUGAACCAUAAGUGCUCUGGCCGACAUUGGGGGUAUCUCUGCAAUGAGGAGGAAAGAUGUGAAAGCAUUGAACCUGUUCUGCCCUCCCUUCUUUUGUUCGCCCUAUCAAGAGCAGGGGGAUGUGAUAUAACAGAGAUGGAGCCCAAUGCAACGGAAGGCGAUGUGAUUUACGUCCUAUUUUCGGACGACGAUCUAUUGGCUUCCUUACAGAGUCAAGUUUACAAACGACUGGGAGAAAACCUUCGAACAAAAUUCUUGCACUGCAGAGAUUUUUGGGGGUGUGAGGCUUCUUCUGUCAUCUCCGUGAAUGUUGAUGACAGUUUCCUGCUCGAAGUAUUGUCACGCGGCCGUAUUCAGCUCAUUUUAGUGGACACCACCCCAAAUCAUAAAGAUUUGUGGACAGCAAUGACCGACGAAGGACGCACGGAUGAUUGUCCCGUGAUAUUCCCCGAAUGGCCCAAAGACAACGUGAUGGACCUGCAGACUCUUCUUCGAAUGGAGGGUCGAGUGCAUUUCCUACAGCUGGCUGAACGGCUCUCUUAUUCCGGAGCUCAGCAUUCGCUGCCACUUGCUGUUCAGCGGUCUAAGCGGCUCUACGCACAUCUGCUUGCUGUUCAUCACUGA